GAAGUAGUCUGAUCCACCGCUCUGGACCAAAGCAGAACCACACAGGCGUGACCGGGUUCAGUCAGCCGACCUUUAACCCCGAGGAUUUAACCCUCCACGCCCUCAAACAGCCAAUCACAGCAGCCGCCUGGAGCUCCACAUCUGAACCAGUCUGA